ACGAGGACGUGAAACAGGCCGACAGUCUUCGUCUCGUCGUGGACUCGGCAGUUGGCGGCAGACAAGACGCAGACGUGCCCCUGGAGCAGCUCAUCGCGCUCGGUCCCAGUCACGGGGGUCCUCGGGUUCCCAGGCACGGCUUCUCUCGAUUUACAGCGCGAACACCGCUUUUGGGACACUGCUCGAAAACGGCGCGUAUGCCGAGCCCGCGAAUCUCAGACCUGGUUCGGCUUUACUCGAUUCAAGCAUAGCGACGAGCAUUAAACGUUUCUGCGUUCAGCCGUUCGCCUGCCGACGGAGACUCAUCUCUUCCCCACUUACAUCAUCGUCGACCUGCACUCAAAACAAGUUCCCACGCCUCGUCUCAUAGUCAACUACAAGCAGCAGCAGUGACUUCUCCCCCACCAUCAAUCCCUCAUUAUCAACUACAAUCAUGCCACUGACCGAUAAGGAGCUAAUUACGUCCGACGAUUUCAUCGACGUCGCGCUCGAGAGCGCGUUCAAAUACACCAGAUCUUCACGGUAUACCCCACCAAGGGCUGAGACUCGUGCGGAAGUCUAUGACCGUCUUGCAAAGGUAUACCGCCAUACCCUGCACAGGGAUCGGCUGAGCGAAGAGCCGACCUGGAUUAAACAACAGCUCAAGAAAUUUGAGUACACCGACUUCACGAAAUUGCUCAGGGUCGGCUUGUUCCCUGACAUCUCGUCGAUAAUAACACACCUCAAAUUUCUCCGCGUCUUUCGCGAUUUGCGCGUCGAGAUUAUGGCGCGCGACGGCAUGUUUGGCAUCACUGACGCCGAGUUUCCGAGCAACGCCAGCAGCAGCGGCAAAGAUGGCAGACUCCUACGGUGGCAGGUUUAUGUCACCUACGCGGUCGAGCGGUAUACAAAGUGGUUCGAAAGCCUGCCGAGCAGAGGGCCGAUUGGGAAAACGGGACUGUCGUUUGACUUGCACGGUGAAGGCGAAGCGUACGAGAUCACGGUGGAGAAUUUACCACCGAUCGAUGUCUUAGUGGUCCUGCACUCGCACAUGCUGCAUCCACGUGUGUACUGGCAGGACUUGAUGCGGUCGAAUCGUAUGAGCGUGUUUCGAUCUAUGAAGAUGCCAUGGGAGGCUUUGGAAUCGGCAAUUCAGCAGCCCUCGAACCCGAACGGGGCGUGGAAAUACAGUCCGUCCGAGACUGCACGCGAAUACUUUGAAGUAAACACAAUGCGACAAUUUGAUCUCGAGGACGACAGCAAUUCAAAAUGCGUUGUCUGCCCGCAAUGCUCGUCUCUCAACCCUGUCGAGCUUUAUAACAAGUCCGGCACGGGCUGGGUGCAAUCCGAGUUUGAAGCCACCUGUACAGAGUGCAGAUACCGCCUCACACGCGACAUUUUGACUACCGCUGCUUUGUUGGACGAUUGUCAGGCUUUUGAAGAAAGAGGCGUUCCUCUCAAGGGCGCCUUACUCGACUACAUAGGCGUGCAGUAUCCCUCUAAGGACUCACACGCGAUCCCCGGCGCCUUAAACGCCCAAGUCACCGCUCUUUUUGCACACAUCACGCACCGCGAAGACUUCGACAUAGCGCAGUCUAAAGUGCGCGAGGUGUUUAACAAACUUUCCAGCUCCGCCGUGACCGAGAAACGGCCGCGCACGAAGGAAUUUCGUGUGCUAUCGUACUAUGUCAAAAAUUGCACACCGUUCUGUAUCGAUCUCGAGCUGGCGGUGCUGAGACAGUGUGAUUUCGCAGACAAGAUGGUCAAGUACGCGUACCUGCACUCCCCGUUUCGGGAAAACGUGCUCAAGCAGGCAACCGUGCGGUUCUUCAAAUUCUUCUUUCUCGUCUGCUUCAAUGCCGAUGAGUUUCUCGCGCCGCCGAUCGACGCCGACAUUGCCUGGCACACAAUGUUGCUCGACCCUGCCGCCUACGCGGCCACAAGCUUCUCGUUCAUGGGCUCGAUCAUGGACCACGACGACGACGUGGCCGACGAUGCCAUGUCAAAGUCGCACGAGAUGACAAAGCGCGAGUGGAGGAGGUACAAGAAGGUAGAUGACUUCGGUUACGACGGCUGCACCUGUGCAAUCUGCCAGGCCACGCGCGAAUUCGACGCGCUGCCGGAGCAGAAAAAGUUCAAAACGUCGCUCAAGAGCCGGUUUUCGUCCAAAUCCUCCCGCGCGGCCAGGAUCGACCAAUUCUACGCCAUCAAAUGCGAAGAGCGGAUUUUGAGUGGCGACACGCUUGUGCAGCGCCUUACGCACACAUACUCUACCGCCGAACAAUUCAAGCUAUCCGCGAAAGCACGCGCCCAGCCGAAUUACUCGCACCCGUACUUCCUCGACCUGACUCCUACGCCAACAUUGUCGGAGAAAGAGACGGGGCUGCCGUCGUAUGCGGAUCUGCCGCCUGCGUAUACUUCUGAGCCGGCAGCGUCAGAAAGCUUUGGUGAGAUCGCGCGCACGCGGUACGGCAAGACGGCGUGGACGCCGUACUACGAGUUUGAGUAUACGGUAGCGAUGCUCAUGCCGGCUUCAGUCUACAUGGGGUCUGUGGCGGGCGGAGGAGGCUUUGCCGGAGGAUUGGGGACGUAUGGAGGCGGGUGCGCGAGUACGUCGUAUCAUUCAGGGGGGUGUGGGAGUGGUGGAUGCGGAGGAGGUGGUGGAGGUGGUGGAUGUGGAGGAGGGGGCGGAUGCGGAGGUGGUGGUGGGUGUGGUGGAGGAGGUGGUAAUUAAUUAAUAACGAUGACAAUGACUAUUUGAAUUUCCUCACAAAACGUUUAGAAUUUAUUGGAGAAUAUUGCUGUAUUGUGCAAGGAACCC